UCUUCGCUGUCACGACCAGAAUAACUAAACUUCAACCCAACAUCAAACAUGCAAGAUGGUCUCAUUUCCCGCGCGGGAGCAACUAUCUACAAUGAGGCCUACUCAGGCAAAGGGCCCACCAUCUAUGACCCGAUGGACGGCCCGAGUCAAUACUCGCCAACGAAAACCUGUGCCCAUCUGUCCCGACCAUCUCCUUCGCCCGCACAUACACCGAACGGUGAUUUCAAGCUCUGCGGAUACGAAGGCACGAUGAACUCCUGCGGUCCGCUGGGAGAUGAAUGUGUACCAAAUACCACCGGUAGCUCACUUGGUGCUGGUGCCGGUAAGGCAGGACUGGAAUUUUGGUUAAGAUUACGAUACGACCUGACGAGCGUACCGUGGGAACAGUUGAAAGCGGUACAGCUGAAGAACCCACGUGCGGCACCCGGCUGUGCUUACAUUCCGACAAAGGUUGAACAUAUUGCUAACAUAAUCACACACGGGACCUGGGUGUUACCCUCGAUGUAUGCUGGAUUACAGCUUUACGAUCGAAGCCACACGCCAGCGCAAACGUUGGCCGCCGUCAUUUACGGUGCCGCGCUAUCCAUGCUGUUUUUCGUAUCGACUUGCUUCCACUGUGUCUGCUACUGCAAUCACAAUCGCCCACUGAAGGAUGCACUGCAUCGAUGCGAUCGUGCCAUGAUUUACAUCUUCAUUGCCGGCUCGUAUUAUCCGUGGCUCAGUCUAGGCCACACGACCCACCCACAAAUCGUUUCAGUGGUAAAGUGGAGUGUUUGGGUUAUGGCGGUGCUGGGUAUUGUCUAUCAGCAGAUGUACCACGAACGGUACAAGUGUUUGGAAACGUUCUUUUACGUUGUCAUCGGGCUCGGACCGUCGGUUGUGAUUGUUCUCUGGGGCCACGAAUUUACCGGAAUGUCCGAGCUAAAGUUUGGUGGCAUACUGUACAUUGUAGGCAUCGUGUUCUUUAAAUCGGACGGGCUGUUUCCGUUCGCACAUGCUAUCUGGCAUCUGUUCGUGGUUUUCGCUGCGUACGUACAUUACUUUGCCAUCAUGACACACUUGUUCCCGGUCUCGAGCGCCAUCGUUACGCCCGUGGUUGGAUCCGUGGCUGGUUAAGGUGGCUACAACUAGCAGAAGAAGCUGAUGGCGGACGGUGAUAUUUAUCCUUUUUUCAUCCAUUCUCAUAUGCAAAGCGGGUAUAUCCGGAAUGAACAAAUUAAUUGGUCGACGUUAAUGUUUAUGUUUUUUUUUGUUCAUACGACCUUGUGUUCAUUGUUUUUAUCAUAGAGUUGGUUAUUUUUUGUAUAGUGUAACAUAGAUACUUUGAGGUGGGAUAAGAAAGUGUACCUUUAAACUAAAGCAAACAAUGUAUACAAAGAAAGGCAUACCCCACUUAGCAGAAAGUGAAAGUUUCUUAGAAACGAAUAAUAUAUUUUUAAUGUAAAAUUUUCGUACCAGUGUGGCGAGAAAUGCCUGACGGAAAAAUGCUAACGGUUCUCUAUUUGCCCAGAUAUGUUUCAAUCCUGCUCAACUUAUUAGUAUAUUUCCAAUUUUUAGGUACUAGGCAUUUUUUUGUCUAAUGGUAAUACUCAACAAGGAUGCUAUAUAUUCUGUACUGUUUUUCUCGAAGCUUUUUCUUAAGUUAGUAUACAGUUAGUAUAACAAAUGCACGAGAUAUCGAUGUUCUAAGUGAUAGACAGGGGUUAGCAUAAUUUUUGUCUUAUUGUGAUAUGUAGCAUGAGUAAGGAAUGGUUAUGAUUAGUUUAAUUUAAUUUUAUUUUUCGCAGUUUUUGUACAAACAUUAUACCCAUAAGCAAAAGCAGUACAUUAGUCCCGAAAACCAACCCCGGAAUUGAUCAAGAAAACUGCGCAUACUUCAACAAUCACAGGAAAAAGGGGAAUAAUUAUAGUACCAAAAUAUAAUACAUAUAGUGCAAGCUUAACCACCGGUAAACAAAUGUCGAUGAGUAAAACGAAGCUCUCUAAGCGCGGGAGGAAUGAUAAGAUGAAGUGGGUUGAUAUUAAUAUUAGAAAAUGAAGGGAUAAUAGUAGACCACAACCGUAAAUUCGGAUAACUGAACAUUCGUCUUACCGGGUAGUUGUCAUAUAUCGGUUUGAAGUCUGAUUAUCGUUAUUUAGGGCUUAUAAACGAAACAAAAUUAACCGUCUGUAAUGUAUGGAGGGAUGAUGAGUGAACUCGUAGCCAAAACAAUACACCGUUAAUCGCUAGACCUUAGACUUUAUCACAAUCAAUCGAAUAGCGAAGGACUCUCUUGAAUAAUACACACAAACAAAUACUCGAAAGAUCACCAUCCCACCUUUAAAAUAGAAUUAAAUAACAUUGUCUUGAAUGAAUACUACAAAUACUAGUUUUGCUCAGCUUGGAACAACUAUUACAAAAUGGUAUUUAUUAGCAACGAAUGUGUCCAAAAUAUUAUAUAAAGGAAACGUGUAGACGAUUGGAAUUCUCUUUGGAAACAUCAACCAUCUGCAAAAGUUAAUCCAAACCACUAGCCAACCACUUACCAAACUAGCCCAUCGAACGUGAAUUGCAACAGUAGAAAUGGUAAUGGACAAAUAGUGUAACCUUUGUAUCGUAAAUAUUUCCUCCAAACCGGUUA